AUGACUACUGCGUCCAUGAGUUGCUCUAUGCCCGUCUCCAAGGCCUUGGGAGAGAAACCAUAUGCCCCAUCACUUCCACCACCGCAGGAUUUGAAGCAGACUGUAACGACUGCCUCCUCCUCCUCUGUUGACGGCGGAGACAUCCCUGCCUUGCUCCAUCGAUCACUGGCUACUCGCCCUCAUUUGGUUGAUCAUGCCAAUGGCAAUUACCUCUACCUCGCCGAUGGCCGCUCUAUCCUCGAUGCCUGUGGGGGAGCAGCCGUAGCUGUCAUUGGUCACGGCAACACCGAAGUAAUCGCAGCCACUGCAGCUCAGAUGCAACGAACAAGUUAUAUCCACACGGGCGCAUAUACAACUACGGCAGCUGAAGAUUUAGCCAAAUUUAUUCUCGAGUGUGGCACUUCAGUCGACGGUAAGGACAACUAUUUCGCUCAUGGCUUGACCAGGGCCUUUUUUGUGGGCAGCGGCAGUGAGGCAAACGAAUCGGCAAUGAAGAUCGCGCGGCAAUAUUUCGUUGAAAAGGGCGAAUUACAACGACAGCAUUACGUCUCGCGCCGGCAAGCAUACCAUGGAAACACUUUUGGCUCCAUGUCCAUAUCAUCGGUUGCAGGACGCCGAGCACCAUAUGAAGAUGUUCUUCUGCCGAAUACAUCAUUUGUUAAUCCCGCGUUUGAGUAUCACUAUCGCUACAAGAAUGAGACGGAAAAGGAAUAUGCAGAGAGAUUAAUUCAUGAGCUGGAGGCACAUUUUUUGGAGAUUGGAUCUGAGAAAAUUAUCUCCUUCGUAGCUGAGCCAGUAGUCGGUGCAACGUCUGGCUGUGUGACAGCCCCCAAGGGUUACUUCAGCGGGGUUCGUUCCCUUUGCGACAAGUAUGGUAUCUUGCUACAUUUAGAUGAGGUUAUGUGUGGCAUAGGCCGAACGGGAUCAUAUUUCGCCUUUGAACAAGAAGAUGGCAGCGUCUUGCCUGAUAUCGUUACCAUCGGCAAAGGAUUGGGUGGUGGAUAUGUGUCUCUUGCAGCCAUGCUAGUUAACGACAGAAUAGUCAACACUCUACGUCAGGGUUCAUCGGUAUUUAACCAUGGACACACGUUCCAGGCGCAUCCGACAGCAUGUUCAGCAGCACUUGCUGUACAGAAAAUUAUCCAACGGGAGGGAUUAGUAUCCAGAUGCGCUGACUUGGGUACUAAAUUUGGACGGCGUUUGCGUACUGAGUUCGAGUGUCGCAAGUACGUAGGCGAUAUCCGUGGCCGUGGCCUGCUCUGGGCGCUUGAGUUUGUCCAAGAUAAGAAAACAAAGACUCCGUUUGAGGCGUCAUUUGGAUUUGGGUCCCAGAUCCAUCAAAUAGCGUUCGACUUGGGCGUGGCGGUGUAUCCCUGUGUGGGAACAGUGGAUGGUGUUGUUGGAGAUCACAUCCUUCUUGCUCCCCCGUUCAACAUAUCGGACAAUGAGCUCGACACCGUUAUCUCGACACUUCGCCGCGCUUAUGAUGAGGUAGAGUCACACUAUGACAGUGCAACUGGAAGAGAAGAGACAGCCUAA